AUGGCUAAUUUUAAGCGGGCGCGGCACCAAGUCACCGCCACGUCCUCCGAGAUAGGGGGCAAGCCUCCGGUUCUGAGCGGUGCUAUGCAGAGGAUAUUUUCGUCAUUUCAGGGCAAAUAUGAGACCGCAGAAGCUGUACUUGUUGUUAAUGACUCUCUUUAUGGAAAGGAUUUUCGUGCAGUGACUCGACAAAACCGAAGGUCGCCACCUUCUCGGUUUUCCGAGUAUAAAGCCUCCGCUCUUCCGGCGUGUUGGCAGUUGCUUCUCAACGUCUCAACACUCAACAUGGUCCGCGCACUCUUCACCGUCAUGGUCCUGGCCCUCGUGGUCGCCUUCGCCGCCGCCGGUCACUUCGGCGGAGGUGGAUUUGGUGGACACUCUGGUGGAUUUGGCGGUGGAAAAUCCGGUGGAUUCAGCAGCGGAGGAUUCGGAGGUGGAUUUGGAGGUGGACACAGAGGCUUCGGUGGAGGUUUCGGAGGAUUCGGAGGCGGACACGGAGGGUUCGGAGGAGGAUUUGGAGGAUAUGGACGGUAAUCCAUGACUUCGCACCACCAUCUUGGCACAGAAGAUGGCAUUUUGUAUUUCGAAAAUAAAAUUUUAUAAAAAUUAA